AUGAUCUCUCUGGUGGUUCUGCUUCUACUUUUGCUGCUAAUGCCUCGUGGAAUCUGUGGUCACCUGAAGACAAAAUGCCCCUUGAAUCUCAUCAGGGAUGAAAAUGAUGCAAGCAGUUACUACCGCCCUGGAGACUUCCUCAUCAGUGGAAACACAUCUCCAAAUAAAAUUCUUCUUCAUCCAUACAACUUUUCCCAAACCCCAUUAAUGAAGGUUAAGCGCGCAACGAAAAAGUUCUACUGGCACAUCUUGUCCUUCUUGUUCACCAUUCAGGAGAUCAACAGUGAUCCCAGGCUCUUACCCAACAUCACCCUGGGCUACAACCUCUAUGAUAACUAUUUUGAUGCCAGGAUCACUUCUGAUGCCUUGCUAGACCUGGUCGCAGGCGGGGAAAGCAAUAUUCCCAACUAUCACUGUGGAAGACAGAAUAACCUUUGGGCUGUUCUUGAAGGGGGCAAUUCUGUAAACUCAAAACAGAUUUCAGCCUUGUCAGGCGUCUACAAAAUCCCACAGAUCAGUUUUGGCUUGGUUACUCAACUUCUUGAUGACAAAAGAGAGUUCCCGUUUCUCUACCAGAUACUCCCCAGAGAAGAAACUAAGUGCUGGGCGAUUGUCAAGUUCCUCCUCUAUUUCCGAUGGACGUGGAUUGGCCUCUUUGUUUCAGACAAUGACAACGGCGAAAGGUUCUUGAGUGCCUUGACUCCUCCGCUGAUCAGCCAUGAAAUUUGCAUUGCCUUGUUAAAAAGACUACCAGAAAAGUAUACAAUAGACAUGCUCAUCCAGAAUGAACCCUUUGCCAAAUGGAGACAAGUCAAUGUAUUUGUUUACUAUGAAAACACUCACUUGGCAUGGGUAACCAUCACAAUACUACAAAGAAAACUGGAGGAACAAAUUGGGGCAAAAGUCUGGAUCUCAACAAAUUUUCAGGACAUUAAUUUGAAUUUUUCUCUUCCUCCUGAUUACUUCCAGUACAUCCAUGGCUCUUUUGCCUUUGUCAUGAAGCCCCCAAUAAGGAAAGAAUAUCAAUUCUAUAAACCAAAUUCUGUCCUUCUUAAACAGUUUUGGGAUAAAGCAUUCCAUUGUUUCUAUUCAAAGCAUUUGUUGGCUGUAAGAGGUUGGACAAGAUGCACGGAGAAUGAGAAACUGGAGAUGGUACCUGAAGAGGAGCUGGAGAGAGCCCUGUCUCAAGACAGCUACAUCACUUACUUCAGUGUCCAAGCUGUGGUUCAAGCUUUGAAUGCUGCAUAUUCAUCCAGAUCUAAGGUCAUGCUGAUGGCGAGUGGAGGAGACAGGUUGGAACAUCUAAGGCUACAGCCAUGGCAGCUUCAUCCUUUCUUAAGAGAAAUCCAGUUUUUGAACACUUCCAUGGGCAGCCUCAGACUGGACGAGAAUGGGGAGCUGCCAGGCAACUUUGAUAUUGAGAACUGGGCCAUGCUUCCCAAUAAGUCUUGUUUCAGAGUGAAAGUUGGGAGUAUAGAGAAAGAGACACCUACUUAUUUCAAGUUCACCAUUAAUUCAGAAGCCAUUGUGUGGCCCAAGGGUAGUAACAAGGUAGGAGACAACUCAAGCCACAUGGGCAUCUCUGCCCUCUGCCUUCAGCAAGAGCCAGCACAUCACACAGGGCUGGGCCUCAGUGGUGGCAGCCUCUCCUCCUCCUUGCCUGCUCUUCAGAAGCCGCUACGAGCUGCCAAAGGGCUGGCAGAGGCAGCCAUGGAAAGGCCACAGAGAGAUGCAAAACAUUGCACCAAAUGUCCAGAAGAUCAGCAUCCAAACAAGGGUCAAGUUCAAUGUGUUCCCAAAGUUAUCACUUUCCUGGCCUAUGAAGAAUCUUUGGGGAUCCUCCUGGCUUCCUUUGCCUUCUUCUUUUCCAUCACCACAGGCUGUGUGCUAGGAAUCUUCCUUAAAUUCCUAGAAACUCCGAUAGUCAAAGCCAACAACCGGGACCUCUCUUUCAUCCUCCUCAUCUCCCUCCUGCUUUCCUUUUUGUCCUCCUUCCUGUUCAUUGGCCGGCCAAGGAAAGUGACCUGCUUUCUCCAACAAACAGCCUUCAGCAUCAUUUUCUCAGUUGCCGUCUCUUCUGUGUUGGCUAAAACAAUCACUGUGGUCCUGGCCUUCAUGGCCACAAAGCCAGGGAACAGAGUGAGGAGAUGGCUGGGGAAAAGUCUGGCCAACUCCAUUGUCAUUUCCUGUUCCAGUGUCCAAGUGAUCAUCUGCGCUAUCUGGUUGGGAUCCUCUCCCCCAUUCCCAGACUCAGACAUGAGGUCCCAACCUGGGCAGAUCAUCCUGCAAUGUAAUGAAGGGUCUGUUGCCAUGUUUUAUGGUGCCCUUGGCUACAUGGGCUUCCUGGCUGCUAUCUGCUUCAUGGUGGCUUUCCUAGCCAGGAAUCUGCCUGGGGCCUUCAAUGAGGCCAAGCUGAUCACCUUCAGCAUGCUGGUCUUCUGCAGUGUUUGGGUGUCCUUUGUGCCCACCUACCUGAGCACCAAGGGGAAGUACAUGGUAGCUGUGCAGAUCUUCUCUAUGUUGGCCUCCAGUGCUGGGCUUCUGGGCUGCAUCUUUGUUCCCAAGUGCUACAUUAUUGUGCUGAGGCCUGAUCUGAAUACAAAGGAGCAUCUUAUAACAAAAAGCAAACAGUGA